GCUCUGGGCAUGAGCACCUGUGCACAGAAUGUGGGCAAGAACGAUGCUGGAGCCUUCACAGGUGAGUGGACCGCCAAGAACCUGUUGGACAUCAACAUCUCCUGGACCCUCAUCGGACAUUCGGAGCGGAGAACGAAGUAUGGCGAGACAGACGCAGAUGUUGCAGAGAAAGUCGCCAAGUGCCAGGACGCAGGGCUCAAUGUUAUCCUUUGCAUCGGCGAGACUUUAGAAGAGCGCGAGGGAGGAAAGACCGACGAGGUCAACAAGAGGCAGCUGGCAGCCGUCAUCCCAAAGGUGAAGGAUUGGGACAAGAUCGUGAUUGCCUACGAGCCAGUGUGGGCCAUUGGCACCGGCAAAGUGGCAACGCCUGAACAGGCGGAGGAGACCCAGGCAGCCAUCCGAGCCUACCUCAAGGAGGCAGCUGGCGCCUCCGUGGCUGACAAGGUGAGAAUUCAGUACGGCGGCAGCGUCACCCCUGACAACUGCUCUGAGCUCAUCACGAAGCCAAACAUCGACGGCUUCUUGGUGGGCGGAGCUUCGCUGAAGCCUACCUUCAUGGACAUCGUGUCCAAGGUCGGGCCCUCGAAGAUGGUGGACAUGUGGCCUAAGUUUGAAGAGAAGAUGAAGAAGGAAGAGCUCAAUGAGUCUGCCAUUGCGGCUUUCAAAUACACCUACGGUGUCCUCGUCUCCGGUGCUGAUGUCAUGCUGCCGGAGAGCAAACUGGACCCGGUCGACAAGUUGACCGAGUACGACAAGAUUAGAGAGAAGCCGGAUCCCAAGCUCCUCCGAAAGACCCUCAUUCUGAAGCUGAAUGGAGGUUUGGGAACAGGCAUGGGCCUCGACAAGGCGAAGUCGCUGCUGACGGUCACCGAGGGCAACACUUUCCUUGACUUGAUCGCGAAGCAGGUGGCGACCAUGAAGAAAGAGUUCAAGAGUGACCUGAAGUUCAUGCUCAUGAACUCCUUCUCGACCUCCAAGGAUACCCUGGAAGCCCUCUCCAAGUAUACGGACCUGGGCACAGGCUCAGAUCUUGAGUUUGUGCAGAACAAGGCCCCAAAGGUCACGGCCAGCGAUUUCUCCCCAGCUGACUGGAGCGCGGAGCCGGGUCAUGAAUGGUGCCCACCUGGGCACGGCGAUUUGUAUCCUGCAAUGCUCGGGAGCGGCACGCUGGAGAAACUGAUCAAAAAAGGCUACAAGUACAUGUUCGUCUCUAACUCAGACAACCUUGGUGCAACCAUGGACUUGAAGAUUCUCACCCACUUUGCGAAUUCUGGAGCUCCCUUCAUGAUGGAGGUCGCCGAGCGCACAGAUGCGGAUAAGAAGGGCGGCCAUCUGGCAAAAGACAAGGCCACAGGUGGCCUGCUCCUUCGUGAGUCUGCGCAGUGCCCGGAAGAGGAUGAGAAGGAGUUUCAGAACAUUGGCAAGUACAAGUUCUUCAACACCAACAACUUGUGGGUAGACCUGAUGGCCUUGAAGAGGGAGUUUAAGAAGAACGAGGGAACGCUGCCACUCCCAGUCAUGAAGAACUCCAAGACUGUGGAUCCCAGAGACAAGGCUUCCACGAAGGUCCUGCAGCUGGAAACGGCCAUGGGCGCUGCAAUCCAGUGCUUUGAAGGUGCAUCCGCCCUGGUCAUCCCGCGUUCGCGCUUCGCGCCGGUGAAGACGACGAACGACCUCUUGGCCUUGCGGUCGGAUGCCUACCAGCUCACCGAGGAUUUCCGCAUCGUCCUGGCACCCGAGCGUGAGGGAGUUCCACCCGAUGUGAAGCUGGAUGGAAUGUACAAGUUCUUCGAUGCCAUGGAAAAGCUGAUACCGAAUGGGCCACCCUCCCUGAUUGGCUGCAAGAAGCUGGUCAUUGAAGGACCCAUGAGCCUUGCCAAGGGCGUCGUCUUCAAGGGCACGGUGACAGUGAAGAACACCGGCAGUACGGAGAAGGAGCUCGCUGCCGGUGUCUACGAGGACAAGACGGUGGAGCUCUAA